AUGGCCCCAUAUGAGGCGUUGUAUGGAAGGAAGUGCAGAACGCCGUUAUAUUGGGAUGAGGUCGGCGAGAGGACAGUUCUGGCCCCAGACAUAGUGACCCAAACAGUGGAGCUAGUGGAGAAGAUUCGGAAUAGAAUGCAAGCAGCGCAAAGUCGUCAAAAGAAUUAUGCUGAUCAGCGACGAAGGGAUUUGGAAUUUUCAGUUGGAGAUCAUGUAUUUCUUAAAGUGUCACCAAUGAAAGGGGUACUGAGGUUCAGAAAGAAAGGGAAGCUCAGUCCGAGGUAUAUUGGGCCGUUUGAGAUUCUGGACAGGAUUGGAACACGAGCUUAUAGGGUUGCCCUACCACCAAAUCUGUCCGGGGUACACAAUGUGUUCCAUGUAUCUAUGCUUAGACGAUACAUAUCUAACUCCUUUCAUGUGAUCGGACAUGAGCCCAUGCAGUGGACCUCAGAUUUGACCUACGAAGAAUGCCCGAAACAGAUUCUUGAGCGUCAAGUACGGAAAUUGAGGAACAAGGGGAUCAAGAUGGUGAAAAUUUUAUGGGGAAACCAGCAGAUGGAGGAGGCCACUUGGGAAACGGAGCGAGAUAUGCGCGACCGCUAUCCGGAUUUAUUUGGUAAGUCAAUUUCGAGGACGAAAUUCUUAUAA